CAAGUAUGUUUUGGCUUGAUACUCUUCAUGAUUGUAAACUCGAUCAGCCUUUAUCAUUACCAUUUGAUCGAUAUCGUCUUGCACAUGAACACCGAACAGGUCGUGGAACAUCGAUUUCUUUUGAUUUUGGUCAAGAUCUCUCACAUCACUUUCUCAUUCAUGCAUCAUCAAAUAACAUAUCAUUGGAACAACUUGCACUUGCUACUUAUUAUGUCUUUUUAUUCAAAUUAACGAAUGGAGAAAAAGAUUUAUGCAUUGGAAUAAAUACACAUGGACGAUAUAGAGAUGAAUUUAACUCUAUCAUUGGAAUGUUUGUGAAUGCAAUACCUGUGCGAUGUCAACUCGAUCCUCAUUUACCAUUUCAUAAACUUACUAAGCACGUUCAAGAUAUUAUGAUAAAUUGUAUGAAAUAUUCAUAUUUUCCACUCCAACGGAUUCUCAAUCAACAUCCAAAUAUAUCAAAUCCUGUAUUUCUUGAUACAUCAUUUGAAUUUAUAUCACCUAUAAGAAGAGAUGAAGAGAAUGAAAUAAUGAUUAGUGAUAGUCGACUUUCUUUACUACCUCACUCAAUUAAGAUUAGUGAAGAUGAGAUAAUGAGUAAAUUCGAUUUCAUUCUUAGUUUUCAACAUGAUCUAAAUCUAAAUGAAUUUUCAUGCACCAUCGAUGCUUCAAUUGAUUUAUUCAAUGCUGAAACAGUUUGUAUAAUUGCACAAAGAUUACACACAAUGUUACAUCAAGAAUUUACAUCUUUUAAUAGUCAAAUAAACAGACCUGUUCAUGAAUUAUCAAUAAUAUUAUCAAAUGAACAAUAUCUAAUGCAAUCAUUGAGUAAUACACAAAUGUCAUUUUCAUCUUCUCUCACUUGUAUUCAUCAUGAGUUUGUAUGUCAAGUAAUGGAAAAUCCACAAAAACUAGCUGUUGAAUUGGAUGAACAAUCAUUAACAUAUAAUGAAUUAUUAUUUUAUGUACAACAACUUGCUCUGCAAAUAAUCAAUAAAUAUGAUAUUAAAUUGGGUGAUAUCAUUUGUCAAUGUGUGGAACGAAGUUUAUCAAUGAUUAUUGGUUCAUUAUCCAUUGAAAUAAUUGGAAGUGUAUAUUGUCCAUUAUCACCAGAAAAUCCCGAAGAACGUCUUCGAAAUCUUUUAGAACAAACACAAGCUCGUCUUAUACUUGUUCAUUCAUUAACAAAUCGAAUAUUUAAAAAUAAUUUUAUCACAUAUGAUAUUGAUACAGCUAUAAACAUUAAUGAUAAAAUUACAAAUGAUGAUCUCAAUCAAUUAACAAGUAUUUCAAUAACUCCAGACGAUAUAUCAUAUAUUGUUUUUACAAGUGGCUCAACAGGAAUACCAAAAGCGGUUCAAGUACGACAUCGUAAUUUAACUGUUUAUAUGCAAAGUGUUGCCGAAAUGACAACAUUGAAAAAAA